UUCUUUUUAAAUUAAUUUAAAUACUACAGUUAAUUAUUUUUUAAUCUUCAUCAAAUAAUAUUUUUAAAGAAUUAGUAAUCUUAUGGUAAAAUAUCAAUAUGGGUAACUCGAUAAGUCCUCAUAUAGAAAACGCUAAAAAAACAGGUAUCUGCUCACUUAAAGAUAUGAAGCUUAAAGAGCUGCCACUUGAAAUUACUAAACUGCCAAGUUCUCUACGCACAUUGGACUUGUCGCAUAAUCAGUUAAAAGCGCUCGGCCCAUUAAUUGGUCAGUUUACUUCUCUUAAAUCUUUGUCUGUGAAUCACAAUCAACUCAAGAAACUACCCCUUGAACUCAACGGUUUUUUAAAGCUCGAAAACUUAUCAUUAUCUGCGAACAUUUUGACCACGUUUACUUUGAGCUCAGCAUCUAAAAUGAACAAUCUCAAAACCAUUAACAUAAAUAACAACAAACUAAAGGAAUUUCCUGAAUGUCUUUGUCUUUUACCAAAUAUUGACGUUGUCGAUAUAUCUAAUAACUUCAUAUCUAGUUUGCCUACAAAUAUCGGAAACCUGAAAGCUAUAGAAUUGAAUCUUAAUAAAAACAAGCUGAAUUGCCUUUCAGAUGAACUCACAAAAUGCGAGCGUUUAAAAGUUUUAAGAGUUGAGGAGAACUGCUUAGAUGUGAAUGCGUUUACUGAAAAUAUUUUGAAAAACUCAAAAUUUAGUGUGCUCGCAUUCGAAGGAAAUUUAUUCACAAUGAAGCAAUUCCAAGAAUUGAACGGGUAUGAUGAGUAUAUUGCUCGAUAUUCCGCUGGUAAGAAGAAACUAUAAGCAGUUAUUACCUAUAUUUUAAAUGUGCUAACCAUUCGGUUUUUUCCUAAAUUAGGUAUUAGUUAAGUAUACAUCUUAAUAAAUGAUGUCUAUUUUUUAACAUUUUAUUUUUUAACAUCAACUACGUUUAUUUAAAGAGAGUUUUGUAAAAAAAUAUAAAUAAAGUAGUAUAAUAACAAACAGAAAAACUUUGAAA